CAGAGCGGAGCAUUGUGGGAAUGUGUCUGGAGCAGGAAAUGCAGAAACUCCGAGCUCAGAUGUCAGGAUUCAUGUGGAUUUCUAACAAAAAGGAACAUUUCUGCUAUGCUGCUUCUGCACGCAACUGACGCAAACGUUGGCAUUGGUAAGGUCUUCAUGAGAUCUACAGCAGGGGGAACUCUUUCACGGACAUGAGCAGAUUUUUGGGAAGAGUAUUGAGGAUCAAGAUGCUCCGUGUGUCCUGUGCCUUCCUAAUUUUUAUCCUCUUCCUCCUUGGCGCCCUUGCUGCUUUGCUUCCCGCUGCACAUGAAGAUGUAAUAUCGGGCGUUCAGCGGAGAAUAUCUCACUCCAGUCCAUCUCCCCAAGACUCUUUCACGCUCAUAAUGCAGACCUAUAACAGGACUGAUUUGUUGCUUAAAAUGCUGAACCAUUACCAGGCCAUGCCUCAGCUUCACUGUGUGAUUGUGGUAUGGAACAAUGUGGGGCAGGACCCUCCCCAGGAAUUGUGGGAGCGCUUAGGACCCCAUCCUGUGCCUGUUUUCUUCAAAAAACAGACCGUCAAUCUCAUGAGGAACAGACUGCAGGACUUUCCAGAGAUAGAGACCAAGGCUGUACUGAUGAUGGAUGACGACACGCUUGUUAGCGCACAUGACAUCUCCUUUGCCUUCGCUGUCUGGCAGCUAUUCUCCAGUCAAAUUGUGGGUUAUGUGCCUCGGAAGCACGUUGCCUCCCCAGCAGGAAUAUUCAGCUACGGUAGUUUUGAAUUACAGGCUCCAGACACUGGACGUGGUGACAAGUAUUCAAUGAUACUCAUUGGAGCGGCAUUUUUUCAUAAAGAUUAUCUGAGACUUUUCCAGGAAUUGCCCCGCUCAAUCCAUGAGAUGAUUGACCUAACGCAGAAUUGUGAUGAUAUCACCAUGAACUUCCUGGUGGCAAAUCGAACAGGAAUGUCAUCUGGUGUGCUGGUGAAACCUAUAGAUAUGAGAAAUUUGGAGAAGGAUGCCGGAAGUGGAUACACAGGGAUGUGGCACCGAGCAGAACAUUUACUGCAAAGGUCGUACUGUCUUAACAAGUUAACUGGCAUUUAUGGAAAGAUGCCUUUGGUAUAUUCCAAUAUAAUGAUCUCACAGUUUGGUUUUCCAAACUAUGCCAAUCACAAAUCUAAGAUAUAGACUGCAGUUAUAUGCA